AUGAGCAACUGGACGAACGUGUCCGCGUGUCCGGUCAGCAUCAGCUCGUGCGUCGCGGAGAGCGCGGAUAACGACGAAGCGGACUAUCCGGUCCACCUCUUCCCCGUGCCCGUGCUCACGGGCAUAACGGCCACGUGCUCGCUCCUGUUCCUCGUCGGAAUCGCCGGCAACCUGCUGACCAUCCUGGUGGUCACCAAGUACAAGGACAUGCGGACCACCACCAACCUGUACCUGUGCAGCAUGGCUCUGUCCGACCUGCUCAUCUUCCUGUGCAUGCCGCUGGACCUGUACCGCGUGUGGCGCUACCGGCCGUGGAACCUGGGCGACGAGCUGUGCAAGCUGUUCCAGUUCGUGAGCGAGAGCUGCACCUACUCGGCCAUCCUGAGCAUCACGGCGCUCAGCGUGGAGAGGUACUUCGCCAUCUGCUUCCCGCUGCGGGCCAAAGUGCUGGUGACCCGAGGCAGGGUCAAGGGCGUCAUCGUGCUGCUGUGGACCGUGGCGCUCUGCAGCGCCGGACCCAUCUUCGCGCUCGUGGGCGUCGAACACGAGAAGGGCACGGAGCCGUGGGAGACCAACGAGUGCAAGGCCACCGAGCGAGCCAUCCAGUCCGGCCUGCUGACCCUCAUGGUGUGGGUCUCGAGCGUCUUCUUCUUUCUGCCCGUGCUGUGCCUGACCGUCCUGUACAGCCUCAUAGGCAGGACGCUGUGGAAGAGGAAGGAGAACCCGGUGGGGCCCGUGUCCAGCCGGGACAAGAGUAAUAAACAAACUGUUAAGAUGUUAGCUGUGGUGGUUCUGGCGUUCGUGCUCUGCUGGCUGCCGUUCCACGUGGGCCGCUAUCUGUUCUCCAAGUCAUCUGAAGUGAACUCGCCUCUCAUCACCCAAAUCAGCGAGUACUGCAACCUGAUCUCCUUCGUUCUCUUCUAUUUCAGCGCCGCAAUAAACCCGAUCCUUUACAACAUAAUGUCAAAGAAGUACAGGGUGGCGGCCUGCAGGCUGUUCGGAGUGAGACGCGCUCCUGAGCGCUCAACCUCAACUGCUGUUAACGCUGAGAGCUUCGCAGUGUGGUACGACUCCAGCGGCAGCACAUGACCGAGGACAGAGUCGGCCUCGUACAGAGGAUACAGAAGUCCUUAAGUGAC